UUAUUCGUGCAACAAGUGGUUUUCCGCGCAGAUUUGACAUUCACCAAAAUGUCCACGUCGGUGAAGCAUCGUGAAUUCGUAUCCGAGCCGAUGGGCGAAAAAGAGGUUACCGCUGUUGCUGGAAUUGGUCCCACAUAUGGAGAAAAACUCACCAAAGCUGGCUUUGAUAAGAGACCGAAAUUCCGAUUAUUCGUGCAACAAGUGGUUUCUCGUGCAAAUUUGACAUUCACCAAAAUGUCCACAUCGGUGAAGCAUCGUGAAUUCGUAUCCGAGCCGAUGGGCGAAAAGGAAGUCACCGCUGUUGCCGGAAUUGGUCCCACAUAUGGAGAAAAACUCACCAAAGCUGGCUUUGAUAAGUUUCUGCUUCUGAAGAAAGAAAAACAGCUUUUUAUCGACUGGUUCAAAGACAUAACCGGAGCAAGUAGCAAUCAUGCACUGUCAGCGUACAAUUGUUUGAAUGAAUGGAGUGAGCAGUACAUCUAA